AUGUCGCGGGUGAAGAGGCGUCAGCCUAGAUUCGUCAUCCAGCUUCAUGAUCGCAACAUCAGCUUCGUCAAGGCGAAAGACGAGGCACAAGAGAAGAGCGACGAAAUCGAAUUCUUCAAGGAUGGCAAGCUGCAUACGACCAAGCGCAACCCUCAAGUUGCGGAAGACGCCAAUGCGCCCUUCAAAAAAGCCGUCGAGCUCAUCGAGACCCUGCAGGGGAGUGAUGCAUUCGGCGUCGACCGGCUGCCAAGCGCCAAGCACAACGAGAAGUUCGACAAGAUGGCGGGCGGGCUGUUCAACCCGGGCAUCAACAUAUGCUUUAUUAACGUCAUCUUGCAGGUGCUCACGCACUCGCCCUACCUCGCCCCGGCCAUGAUGAGAGGCGCCCACUCCAAGGUCUGCUCCAACGCGGUGCGCAAGAUCGUAUGCGUCACGUGCUUGCUGGAGACGCACGUCAAGAGGGCGUUGGGCACCCGAGUGCCCUUGAAGAACCCGCUUGUACAUCUCGUACAGAGGCUCAUUUGGAAGCAGUACCGUCUGGGUCGCCAGGAAGAUGCGUUCAUCUUCCUGAAGCACCUCCUCGAGGCGCUCAUCAAGGGGUGCUACGGGUCUAAGUACUCCAACAACCCUGUCACGAUGGUGCCGCAGAACGACGUCAUGCGGAGUUUUAUAGGCAGGAUCUUCGGCGGGUUCCUGAAGAGCGUGGUCAUGUGCACCCACUGCCAAUACAGGUCCGAGAAGCUCGAGACCUGCUUCGACAUCUCGGUCGACAUAUACCGGGGGAACAAGCUGGUGGAUCUGCUGACGGCGUUCUUUAAGGAGGAGACCCUGGACAACAACAACAGGUACAACUGCCCCAAAUGCAAGCGGCACCGGAACGCCACGAAGGCGAUGUCGAUAUACCGCGCCCCCAGAAUCAUGAACGUAGUGCUCAAGAGGUUCGGAAUGGGCUCCUACGGUUUUGAAAAAUGUAAAAAGGAGGUCUCGUUUCCCCUGAGCUUCUCAAUGUCGAUACACACGUCAAAGCAGUCGAAGCCAGUUUGGCUAACCUACGACCUUUACGCAGUAGUCUGCCAUCUCGGCGGUUCGCUGCACAUGGGGCACUACGUGACGUUCGUGCGGGGGCAGCACGGGUUCUGGAGCUGCUACAACGACGCCGCGGUUUCCACCGUCUCCCAGGAAGCCGUGCUAAGGCUCAAGCAAGAGGCCUAUCUGCUAUUCUAUGCGGUCAACGACGAAUGCGCGCAAGUAUGUGACCUACUUACCAACGACAAGGCAGUCACGAACAUGUUCACCACAAAAUCCUCCCCCGUCAAUCGCAACCUGCAGACCACCACUGCGCAUUAUCGGAACGACGUCUUGCGCGAGGACUCGAUUGCGGACGACGCAGGAACGGACAACUGGCCCAAAUGGCCACUGUACGAUUCCGUUGGGCAUGAGCAGCCUGCCGCGCAGGAGCACAAGGUUCCACCCGCGACACUGUCAAGCAGCACAAGCGAGGACUCCGAGGAGGAAACAGUCGAUUCUGACACCGAACCUGAAAAUGAGCUAGAUGAGUUGCUGAAAAUCGAUAGUCCGCGAAUGGACUCGUUAAGGGUCGUGAAACACUUUGUUACGAGACGGUCACAUGGAUACCGAUUGAAACUGAUCAGGCUCUUCAAGCAAUACCAGAUUUCUCAGGACGUCGUCGAUGACAUCAUGCGCAUCAAAGAGCACAUAAUGGACCUCCGGAAUGCGGCGGCAGCCGAGGAACCUCAGAAACAGGAGGUUCCAGAAAGUGACGGCGAAGCGCAUUUGCGGCCGCUAGACCUGGACACGAUGCCAGACAGCGACGUUGACACAUGGUCAGAUGCAGAUCCCGGUGAAGAUUACCACCAACUUAAGAGCAGCAUACAUCCAGAGCUGCCUAAGAGAUCGCAGGAGGACGUGGACUACGACCGCGGGAAGCUCAAGAAGGUCAGGAGCGCUCCGCAGCCGCCCUUAGGAGGCGUUCAGUACGUCACACACAACUCAGGUACCAAGAUUGCAGUGCACCAGAAGGAAGCGUUCGACAGCGCGCUGGGCAACCGCGCGCGAAAAAGACGCUUCGCGGGCAACAAGCGGCGCAGACAGCGCAACCGCGGGUGA